GGUGUUAGUUGCAUUGUGGUAAACACUUAAAAAGAGGAAAUGGUUAUUCUACCGUUGUUCCAACAAUCAUGGCAAGAGCUAUACAAAAUAACCUUCAUUCUCCUCCUCCCUCUUCUUUUCAUUUUCUCUUUUCUUUAUGUUUUCAAAUGCAUUAGAAGUACUGGAAAACCCAAUUUACCUCCAUCCCCACCAAAGCUACCAAUCAUUGGCAACCUUCACCAACUUGGCUCACUUCCACACCGUUCUCUUCAAGCCCUCUCUAACAAGUAUGGCCCUAUAAUGUUCUUCUACUUCGGCCAUGCACCAACACUUGUGGUGUCAUCUGCAGAUAUGGCAAGAGAAAUGAUGAAAACACAUGACAUCCUUUUCUCCAACCGGCCAAAAACCACGGCUACCAAUUCCUUACUCUAUGGAUGCACAGACUUAGCAUUCUCAUCCUAUGGUGAAUAUUGGAGGCAAGUGAGGAAAAUUUGUGUCCUAGAACUUUUGAGCCUUAAAAGAGUGCAAUCUUUUCAAUAUACAAGGGAAGAAGAAGUUUCUAUAUUGAUCAAUAAGGUACAGGACUUGUGCCUCAAAGGGGUUUCUAUUAAUCUAAGUGAGUUAUUGAUUGAAAACUCAAACAACAUCGUUACAAGAUGUGUGUUUGGUAAAAAGUUUGGAGAAGUGGAUGGUAAGGGCAAGUCUUUAGAACUACCAAGAAAGAUAAUGGUGCUACUAGCAGCUUUUUCUUGGGAGGAUUAUUUUCCCUUUUUGGGUUGGAUUGAUAUUCUAAUGGGAUUUAAACCAAGUCUAAAAUCCACUUGUGGAGAACUAGAUGCUUUUCUUGAUCAAGUGGUUGAAGAACACAAGACAAUGAAAUGUGAUGAUGAUGAACAUCCCAAUAAAAAAGAUUUUGUGGAUAUUCUCCUCCAACUUCAAAAGAACAGCAUGCUUGACUUUGAGCUUAGCCAUGACAACGUCAAAGCAAUCCUACUAGAUAUGUUUGUUGGAGGAAGUGAUACAACUUCAACAACUUUGGAAUGGGUAAUGGCAGAGCUCAUAAGAAAUCCAAGUAUUAUGAAAAGAGCACAAGAAGAGGUAAGAAGAGUGGUGGGAAAUAAGUCAAAGAUAGACGUCAAUGAUAUCAAUCAAAUGGAUUACUUGAAAUGUAUCCUCAAAGAAAGUCUAAGACUGCAUCCACCAGUUCCGCUUUCUGUACCCCGAGAAACAUUAGAAAGUUUAAAAUUUGGAGGUUAUGAUAUUCCACAGAAAACAAGAGUAUUUGUCAAUGUAUGGGCAAUCCAAAGGGACCCUAAACUAUGGAAUAGACCAGAAGAAUUCAUCCCAGAGAGAUUCACAGACGACGUAGUUGAUUUCAUAGGUCAAAACUUCGAAUUCAUCCCAUUUGGAGGUGGGAGAAGGGGGUGCCCAGGAUUGACAUUUGGCAUUGCUGUAGUGGAAUACGUGCUUGCCAACCUCUUAUGUUGGUUUGAUUGGAGGUUGCCUACCAUUAAUGCACAGGGAGAAGCCUUGGACAUGACUGAAGUUAACGCUCUCACAGCAUCUCGGAAAAAUCCACUCUAUCUAGUACCAAUAUUGUACUCUUCUUGAUCUAUCCUCCUUUAAUUGGUCAUCCUUGUGCAUAUUCAAUAUCUACUUAAUCUUUCCCUGUUAUCUUGUUGUGUUUUAGAAUCUAUUGUCGUCUCUUACUUAUCGAAAUAAAUGUAAAGGGACUUCAACAAUAAUAAAAAUAGUUGUGUCACGAUUGUAGCUUA